CUAUGGUAACACCGCAAUUUCUCCCCCCUUCUGACGGCCCUCAGUACGGAGAUUCGCAGCUCUCGCGGUAUCUCCCCUGUCAGCUCCGGACACCGGCAGCACAAAGGAACCGAACAGUGGGGAGGGGGAGGCGGCACCGUAUAAUCUCAGCCGUCCUCACUCACAACAAUGGCGACGCCAGCAGCAGUGAACCCCAGCGAAAUGACCACAGACAUACCAGGAUCUGUAACUUUACCUGGAGCUCCCAUGACUGCUGGGCAGGUGAGAAUGACUGGCCCCUUGCCAUCACGGGGUGGAAAGCGACGGUCAGGGAUGGAGUUUGAUGAUGAAGAUGGAGAAGGACCUAGUAAAUUUUCAAGAGAGAAUCACAGUGAAAUUGAAAGACGUCGGAGGAAUAAGAUGACACAGUACAUCACAGAGCUGUCCGACAUGGUUCCCACCUGCAGUGCCCUCGCACGCAAACCUGACAAGCUCACCAUCCUGCGCAUGGCUGUAUCCCACAUGAAAUCCAUGAGAGGGACAGGAAAUAAAUCUACGGACGGAGCAUAUAAACCCUCCUUCUUAACAGAACAGGAGUUGAAGCAUCUUAUAUUGGAAGCUGCAGAUGGAUUUCUGUUUGUUGUGGCAGCAGAAACUGGGCGAGUGAUCUAUGUUUCUGACUCUGUCACACCUGUACUGAACCAGCCCCAGUCAGAAUGGUUUGGAAGUACUCUGUAUGAGCAGACACAUCCCGAUGACAUUGAGAAGCUCCGAGAGCAGUUGUGCACUUCAGAGAACUCCAUGACAGGACGGAUUUUGGAUUUGAAAACGGGCACAGUGAAGAAAGAGGGCCAGCAGUCAUCUAUGAGAAUGUGCAUGGGAUCACGGCGUUCAUUCAUUUGCCGAAUGAGGUGUGGUAAUGCCCCACUGGAUCACCUGCCUCUGAACAGAAUCAGCACAAUGCGGAAGAGAUAUAGGAAUGGGCUUGGACCUGUAAAAGAAGGAGAGGCGCAGUAUUCUGUAGUUCACUGUACUGGAUAUAUAAAGGCCUGGCCUCCAGCUGGUAUGACUAUCCCUGAAGAAGAUUCCGAGGUUGGACAAGGAAGCAAAUAUUGCCUUGUAGCUAUAGGAAGAUUGCAGGUCACAAGUUCUCCAGGGAGCCUGGAUAUGAAUGGAAUGUCUCUUCCCACCGAGUUCUUAUCGCGACACAGCACGGAUGGGAUCAUCACGUUUGUAGACCCUCGUUGCAUCAGUGUAAUUGGUUACCAACCACAGGACCUCCUUGGAAAGGACAUUAUUGAGUUCUGCCACCCUGAAGACCAGAGUCAUCUUAGAGAGAGUUUUCAGCAGGUGGUGAAGCUGAAAGGACAGGUAUUAUCAGUGAUGUAUCGUUUCCACACUAAGACUCGAGACUGGAUGCUUCUUCGCACCAGCAGCUUCACUUUCCAGAACCCGUACUCUGAUGAGAUUGAGUACAUUAUCUGUACAAAUACCAAUGUAAAGCAGGUCCAGCAGCAGCAGGCCGAGCUGGAGGUUCAUCCAAGGGACAGCCUGUCCUCCUAUGACCUGUCACAGGUGCCUGUCCCAAAUCUAGCGGGGAAUGUACAUGAAGGAGGGAAGUCUGUGGUCGAUAAGGCAGAAUCCAUAUUUUCCCAAGACCGGGACCCGAGGUUUGCCGAAAUGUUUGCUGGAAUUACAGCCUCCGAGAAGAAAAUGUUGUCAGCAUCCAGUAGUGGUUCUCAGCAGUUAUACUCAACAGGAAGCCCCUUCCAACCUGGUCAUGGUGGCAAGACCUUUAGCUCUUCAGUGGUCCAUGUGGCUGGUGUGAAUGAAAUUCAGUCUCCAACCGGCACAGGGCAGAACUUAACGCAGAUAUCCCGGCAGAUUAAUGCCGGGCAGGUUUGGACAGGAAGCCGACCGCCAUUCCAAGGACAGCAAAUUACCACACAAUCUGGAAAAGCUCAAACUUCUCCAUUUGGUAUCGGAACAAGUCACACAUAUACGUCAGACCCAUCCACAUAUAGCCCUCUGUCAAGCCCAGCAACAUCAUCCCCCAGUGGAAAUGCUUACUCUGGCCUGGGAGGAAGGAACGCAGCAUUCACUGAAACAGGACAGAGUGGUAGCCAGUUCCAAGGACGGGCAUCAGAAGUCUGGUCACAGUGGCAGAACCAACAUCACAAUCAACAGAGUAAUGACCAACACUCCCAUCAGCAGCCAGGUCAAGCAGAAGUGUUUCAGGAUAUGCUACCGAUGUCUGGAGACCCCACCCAAGGAACCGGUAACUACAACAUUGAAGACUUUGCAGACCUGGGCAUGUUUCCACCUUUUUCUGAAUAAUCCCAGAGAAGAGGUCUCCUUUUCUGUGUUACCUGUAUCAACUUUGUAUUGUAAGACAGUGAAAACCAGAGACAGUAUUAUCUCUGCAUUUGCUCCCUUCAAAUGGCAACAUUUGCAGUGUCUGUAAAACCACAAGCUGGAAGGCUCCAUACGAGCCCAUUGCUGCCUCCGACUGUGAUGCUUUUGUGUUGCAGACUGCCCCGCUGACAGCGAAAUGUAAAUGCAAGACAGAAAAUACAUUGCAAUCAUCUGGCACAUUGUUAUAGAAAACCCCACUGACUGCUACAGUGGUUGCAUCUUGUAACUGGAAAAUCAUGUUCACAUGUAACAAGUCUAGAAUGUAAUGGCAGUAAUAUGACCUAGGAAUCAUUUGUUUGUCUCUGCUAUAUUGUCACCACUCGGGUCUGUCUACCAUGUACUUGUGUCCCAGACUCCUUAUUCCACUGUGAUCUUAUCUGGGAUGUACUAAUAUGGCUUUUACAAUGACAAGCCACAUGGUUACUUAACAGUCAAGUUGUUAUGUUUUGUGAAGCGUAUACAUUGUGUAUUUUGUACUACUGAAUGUCCUGUAAUAAUUCUCAUAAUGCAUAGUCUGACUAUGCUGUAUUUUGCUAACGUCAUUUCAUUAAAAAGUGACACUGGCCAUGUUGUUGGUGGUUACAAUGA